AUGCUGGCGGUCGGGAACACGGUGGCCGUUGGUGCGAGGGCUGUGGAUCGCAGCGUGGUCAGACACUUCGUGGCGAGCUUCAUUGGGGAGUUGACUCUGCGAUGCGCAUCGGUCUCUGAGCGGCGGCACGUGAAGGCAUACGUUUAUGGGCUCCUAGCUGGCUGUCUCGUCAAGAGCAGCUCGAGAGUUGAUGAUCUCGAGCGGCUGGCCGACAAUUUCAGCCAUCUCGAGCAGGAUACGUUUCACCUCCAGACCCUCCUUAACGUUGGUUUGACUGGAGCUGGGCUCGCUGUGCUCACGUACCGGCGGCCCGCGGAGGCCCGCCACAAGGACCGCAGCAGGGAGCGGCGCCGCACGGCCAGCGGGGGCGAGAAGGACUCGCGGCGGGAGCGCCGUGGCGACCACCACCGCAGCGACGACCGGAGCCGCCGGGGCGAGGAGCACCGCCGCAGCACCAAGUCGGCCAGCGCCAGCGCCGGGGGCGUCGCCCUGGUGGACAGGGACAGGCGGGGGGAGGCCCGCAAGCAGGACCGCAGGGACGACCGCGAGGACGCCCGCCGGGAGAAGCACCGGGAGCGCCGGGAGUACCGCAGCGAGACCGAGG